CAGACUUUUCCCCCUCUUCUCCUUGACGUCCCUCCUUUCCAUCCCUUUUUCCGUGUAUAUUUCGCGUAAUUUUAUUUCUUUCCUCUUAUUUCGGUAACUCUGAACGCCCUGUUAUCCAUCACUAAUCAUUACUCACGCACGCAAGGGCAUCACAACCACCUGCCUCAAAGCCCGAUCACUUACAUAAGUCCGCCAGAUAGACUGUGGUUUGCCUGCGUGGUUGCCGCUGCUGCAUCAUCACACGUAAAUUAUUUAUGACAUGGACGCUAUACCACGCAGCGCCGCAAUGUCGCCACCAUCGCCAUCUGAGGACCCGCCGUCAUCUACAGAGCAGCCCAAAAAGCGGGAGCAAGUGAAGAACGCAUGCGUUAAUUGCCAAAAGGCGUGCAAAAAAUGCGACUCUGGGCGGCCGUGCCAGCGGUGUAUCAAAUACAACCUGGUCGACACCUGCGUGGACUCGGUGCGCAAGCAGCGGCGAAAGGGCAUAAAGCGUGGGCCGUACAAGAAGCGGAAAAAGGAAUCCGACCAGGUGUCGUCGCAGUCAACACCACAGCCCACCCCGCCGCAGUCCGCCGGCCCCUCGUCGCAGCCGUCGCGUGGCAGCCGUGUGACAAAAAACAAACGCUUGUCACGGUCGCUAUCAACUUACGGACGCCACUUUACGCCACGGGUUCUUGGACCUGGAUCCAUACCGAUUCUGCACAACGACGAGUACGAGGAAAGUAGCACUGAUGAGACAGAAUCACUGCAAAGCAGCCAGAUCGCCUCGUUCGAUGCGCUCUCGCUCUCCCCACCCUUGAUGACCGCCCCGCAGCACCAACAAAUUUUUAUUCCUGCAAAUCCUCCAGCCCAAAGCAGUAGACAUGAACCACUGCCACACACUCAGAGUCAGACUCCCUACUACCAGUUUCAACAGACGCGCGAGCCCAUUCGCCUGCCGCCCAUCGCGUCGUUCGACCAGGCGCACCCGGUCAUACAGCCCCCCACAACCUCGUCUCUGCAUAUUCUCACGCACGUCGCGCUUAGCUCUUCACCUCCUGCUGUGCCCGCUCGCCCACCUUACGCCUUACCACCGCUCCCGCUGCCACCACAAAUUCCGGGACCAACCACUCAACCUAUCCCGCCCCAUUUCCCGCCACCCGACCACCCCGACCACUCCGACCCGCAGGAUCCGCGUCGAUAUACGCAAAUGAAGAGCUCGCCACCUUCUCCAUCCUCGCCUGAUGCUGAAACACACAUCCACCGGCUAUCGCAACAACUUGGAAAUGUGCAUAUCGGCCAGCAGUCACACACAGAGGACAACGAUGAACACGCGAACACACGUGCUAUCACCAGAACUCUUCCAUCGGCGAGUUCGAAUUUUCGGGCUGGCAACGCUGACGCUACACAGACAAACGACUACUAACCUGCUUAAUUUAUUUUCUCGCGUAAUGAACAUUCCAC